CACAACAGAAGCAUGAAGGACGAGCGCAGCAGCUGUCGCAAGGAGUGCGACCUCCUCGUGCAGAACAUUGCGCAGUCGCAUGCGCGCCUCGCGCCCGGCAUCCAAGCGGUGCUCGAGAAUCAAUGGGAGCUCACGUUUGCAGACUGCCUGCGCCGGUACGCGGCCGAGAAGGAGGAAGGGAUCCGCGACGUGUGCAGCUCACACUACAUGGAGUUUGUCCAGUCGAUUGAAGAGAUCGUGCAGAUCAAGUGCGACGCCAACCAGCUCCAGGUGCACUUGGACCAGUAUGCGCAGGACCUCGAGACCGCGACCGCCGACGUCCUGGAGGGCCACGCCAUGCUACGCACGUGUCACGACGUGCGCCAGCACAUUGACGUCUCGAUCGAGCGCCUCACGCAGUGCCAGCGCAUCGUGCACAUGGCCGGUAAAGUCGACGCCUACUUGGGCCAGGCCAAGUUCUACCAUGCGCUCAAGCUCCUCGACUCGAUUCGUCGCGACGUCAACAGCUUCCACGGGCGCGUCUUUGCACGGCGCGUGCACGAGUGGACCGCCGCGACAAUGCAGACGCUGCGCGACGAGACGACCAAGAAGACGUCGUCGUGGCUCGAAGAGAUCCGGCACGCUGCGAGUCCGCUCGGGGCGCAGGCCAUGCAGGCGUGCGAAGAGACGAUUUUGCUCAUGGCGCCGUCGUCGGCGCCGAGCACUGACGGCCUCAGCCUCCCGCUUCUCGACAACUUGGUCGACCAAGCCAACCGCAUCCGCGCGCGCCAGGCCAUCUACAGCGACUACGUGCAGAAGACGCUCGGGCUCCUCGCGCCGAUGCUGCGCAUUGUGCACGUCUACGACUGCCUCCACGAGACGCCCGUGCUCGCCGCGUUCUACCACACCAACCGCAUGCCGCAGCUGCAGUUUUCAGCUUUUCUGGUCGGUGACAUUGGCGCGAUUUCGCCCGACAAGUUUGCAACCCAGCACGACGAGAUCUUUAAACGGCUCGUGGGCACCUUCUGCUUGGAGAAGAUGCUCGCCAUCUACUCGAACGAGACGCUCCUCACCAAAGCCGAGGUGCACGCGGCGUGUCUCUCGGUGCUGCAGAGCCUCUGCGGCCUCGUCGUGGCGCUCCUUAUCAAGCUGCCGUCGCCCAAGGUCGUCCUCGACAUCAAGCGCAACGCGAUCUUGUGCGCCCGCGUCCUUGGCAACGACGUGCACCAGUUCAAUACGUCGCUCGUUUUUGACGCCUUUCGCGGGACCGGUGAUUUUUAUCGUAAAAAGAUGGCCGCCGACAUGAAAACAAAAUUACGCGACAUUCUCAAGCAAGACACCUUUCAGCAAGUCACGACGACGCGCGACCGCCUCCGUCCCGACCUCGCCCUCUGCGGCCUCGAAAAGCGGCACGACGAGCUCCUCAAGACGGCAGAUGCCAAGGGCAACGUGCUGCUGCCCUUCACGUCGGUCGUGCACCGCGGCUGCCGCGAAGUCCACGACAUGGUGACGACCAUGUUUGAAUUCGAGUGGCACUUGAACAUUCCGGAAUGGGGCUACUACGUUCGGGACGAGACAUGGGACGCCAUGAGUGAGCUCAGCGGCAUCCUCAACGAGCACAUUGAGCGCAACGACGAGCUUCAAAUCUCACAGGCGGUCAUUACGGGCGCGAACGCUUCGUAUCUCUCGAGCGCCUGCGACGUCUUGAGCGCCCUUGUGACCCAGCACGUUGAGGCGUGGGAGCAGCGCACUCGGUUCCCUCCCCAUACAGCCAAGGCGCCACCGAAAGCGACCGCAGCGCUCGCCAAGAAAAAGUACAUUGUACGACGUUGGUCGUGGGUUCGAGCCCGGUCCUGUAGGUUUGAAAAUACGUCAACGAAGUCCCAAGACAUGGUGUGCGAGCUCAUGGUCAAGAAGAUCGACGAUCUCAUCGGGUCCUUCUACUUUGUUAAUUGGACAGCGACCGAUGUCAACGCGCAAGCCGACCCGAGCAUGUCGGACCUCAUCCACUACCUCCAAGCAUCGUUCUCGCAGCUGGGGACGCUGCCCGUGCCGAUCCGAGAGGCGGUGCAUUUCGCGUCGUGCAUCCACAUCAACAAGGCGCUCGAGCAGGUGCUCGUGGGUCCGACCAUCAAGCGCAUCACGAUGCCGGCACUGAUCCACUUUAAACGCAGCUUGGACGCCCUCAUGCAAUUUGCCAACACGUGCAAUGUCACGCAGCUGCGCGAGUGUUUUCUACCGCUGACGCAGCUCGUCGACUUGAUUGUCUCCAACGACAUUGAGCGCGUCGAUGCGAGCAUGUUCAAUCGCAACGGCGGCAAGUACACGCAUGUGAUGCCGGACCAAGUGAUUGCAGUGCUCGACAAGUACAAGGACUUGGCACCGGCCGCCAGCAAGUUCUUCAAGUCCAAGAAGGCGCCGACAACCGAAACGGGGCUCAAGAAGACCGUCGUGGACGCGGUCGUCAAGCAGCUUCGCACGAUGAGUCCGCAUGCGAAGUGA